CCAAGGGGGAGCUGCCUCUGAUGUGCACAUCAUCGAGGAUCUGACGUUGAACGUCGCCUCGUCCUCCCUAGUUCCUGCUAAGUCCGGGGCUGCUGCAAAGAAGAGUGCCCGCGCUGACCGAGACCUGACCUCCGGUCUUUAUGAGGUGACGGUGCGGUAUCCGCCGAAGGGCGGUUUAUUCAACGAGAAGGUUUCCGGGCACGACGUCUUGUUCCAGGCCAUUCCCGAUGCCGAUAGGGAGUACCUACGUCGGCAGAGCAAGGAUGUGCGCCUCUUUGAUGGUGGAUUGGACUACGUCGUCCAGGGUGCCUUUAUGCUCAUGGAGCAGCAGCGGCGGCAGGACGAGGAGCUUGCUCGCCUUCGCGAAGCUGAGAAGAAAGCCGCCUCUGCAGACGAGGCGCUGUCCCAGUUGGAGCGGCUUCGGGCUGAAACUGGCUCCUUGAAGGAGAGGGCC